CAUAAAGCACUCUCUCUUUAUAAUAAUCCUGGUCCCCUAAUACAUUCUUAUUAUACAAUGCAGAGACCCUUCACCGGAAAGGACAUCGACUACAUGUAUGAGUGGAUUGAGGAGGAUGAGCCACACUAUCCCGACUCCCUGGAACCACAAGCACUGAGCUUUAUAUCACAGCUCUUGAUGAAGAAUCCAGAGGAGCGACUGGGUUCUACCCAGGAUGAUGCAGAGGAUGUAGCUCAUCAUCCAUUCUUUAAUAACACAGCCUGGGAUGACAUCAUUGAUGGGAAGGCAACAGCCCCGUUCGUACCCAGCCUCAACGGACCGGAGGAUGUCAGCUACUUUGAUGAGAAGUACACCAAGCUGCCAGCCAAUCUAACGCUGCCCAAAGGACCUUGUGCUGAAAUGGUAGAUGACAUCGAACAAGCCUUUCAGGACUUCAACUUUUCAGCAUUUUAGGUCCUAAUGGGAUAAUAGGUAAGA